GUAUGUCCAGUGACGUCACGCAGUUUCCGCUGUCAGCCGCUGCCGUGGUUCUGCUGGGAUCAUAGCUGGCUGGAGUUGAGUCUUUAACAAAGUGGCGAUCGAAUCACCCCGUCGGAUACAAACUUUAUUUUUUAAGCGCAAAUAGCUCGAAGAAUGGGGCCGGAGUGAGCGGGAUUUGAAGUUAGACGCGAUUGCAAUGGAGAUUUUACUUGCGGGAAUACUUUUCUACAGUAGCCUGGUCUUUGUAGUUAAUGGAUCGCCGCUGUUGCUGUUCGCGAACCGAAGAGACGUGCGAUUGGUGGACGCCGAGGCGGGGUGGGCGGAGUCGGCGGUGGUAGUCAGCGGCCUGGAGGACGCUGCGGCGGUGGACUUCCUGUUCUCCGAGGGCCUGAUCUUCUGGACGGACGUCAGCGAGGAAGCCGUCAAGCAGACGUACUACAACCAGUCCAGCGGCGCUGUGAAGGAAGGCGUGCUGGGUAAUGGGCAGAAGGUGGUGGUGUCGGGGCUGGACUCGCCCGACGGCCUGGCCUGUGAUUGGCUGGGCCGCAAGCUCUACUGGACUGACUCUGAGACCAACCGCAUCGAGGUGGCCAACCUAGACGGCACCUUCCGGAAAGUUCUGUUCUGGCAGGACCUGGACCAGCCCCGGGCCAUCGCGCUCAACCCCGCCCACCGCUACAUGUACUGGACGGACUGGGGGGAGGAGCCCCGGAUCGAGCGGGCGGGCAUGGACGGCAGCAGCAGGAAGAUCAUCGUGGAGACGGACAUCUACUGGCCCAACGGCCUCACCAUCGACCUGGACGAGCAGAAGCUGUACUGGGCCGACGCCAAGCUGAGCUUCAUACACCGGGCCAACCUGGACGGAUCCGCCCGGGAGACGGUGGUGGAGGGCACGCUCACACACCCGUUCGCGCUCACGCUGUCGGGUGAGACGCUGUACUGGACGGACUGGCAGACGCGCUCCAUCCACGCCUGCAACAAGCAGACGGGCGAGAAGAGGAGGGAGAUCCUCAACGGCAUCUACUCCCCCAUGGACAUCCAAGUGCUGGGCCCCGAGAGACAGCCAAUCAUUCAGACGCCCUGCAGCGAGGGGAACGGCGGCUGCUCCCACCUGUGCCUGCUCUCCCCGCUGGAGCCCUUCUACCGAUGCGCCUGUCCCACCGGCGUCCAGCUGCAGGAGGACGGGAAGAACUGCCGGCCCGGGGCAGAAGAGGUCCUCCUCCUGGCCCGCCGGACCGACCUGCGCCGGAUCUCCCUGGACCUGCCCGACUUCACCGACAUCGUCCUGCAGGUGGAUGACAUCCGGCACGCCAUCGCCAUCGACUACGACCCGGUGGAGGGGUACGUGUACUGGACCGACGACGAGGUGAAGGCCAUCCGUCGCGCCCUCAUCGACGGCAGCGACGCCCAGACGCUGGUCACCACGGAGAUCAAUCACCCCGACGGCAUCGCCGUGGACUGGGUGGCCCGGAACCUGUACUGGACCGACACCGGCACCGACCGCAUCGAGGUCACCCGCCUCAACGGGACGUCCCGGCGCAUCCUGGUGUCCGAAAACCUGGAGGAGCCCCGGGCCAUCGUCCUGGAUCCCGUCGGGGGUUAUAUGUACUGGACGGAUUGGGGUGAGAAGCCCAAGAUCGAGAGGGCCAACCUGGACGGGACGGACCGGAUCGUCCUGCUCAACUCCUCCCUGGGGUGGCCCAACGGACUGGCCAUCGACUACGAGGCUGGCAAGCUGUACUGGGGCGACGCCAAGACCGACAAAAUUGAGGUGAUAAACGUGGACGGCACGGACAGGAGGGUGCUGCUGGAGGACAAGCUGCCGCACAUCUUCGGCUUCACACUGCUGGGGGACUACAUCUACUGGACCGACUGGCAGAGGCGGAGCAUCGAGCGCGUGCACAAGACCACGGCCACCCGCGAGAUCAUCAUCGACCAGCUGCCCGACCUCAUGGGCCUCAAGGCCACCCGGGUCACCGCCGCGCUCGGUACAAACGGCUGCGCGGAGGACAACGGCGGCUGCAGCCACCUGUGCUUCCAGCGUCCGCAGGGCCCGCGGUGCGCCUGCCCCAUGGGCCUGGAGCUGCUGAGCGACCUGCGGCGCUGCGUGGUGCCCGAGGCCUUCCUGCUCUUCACCAACCGCGCCGACAUCCGCCGCAUCUCGCUGGGCACCCACGGCAACCACGUGGCCAUCCCGCUCGCCGGCGUCAAGGAGGCCUCCGCCCUCGACUUCGACGUGCUGGAGAACCGCAUCUACUGGACCGACGUCAGCACCAAGACGAUAAGCAGAGCCUUCAUGAAUGGCAGCUCGGUGGAGCAUGUGAUCGAGUUCGGGCUGGACUACCCAGAGGGCAUGGCGGUGGACUGGAUGGGGCGGAACGUGUACUGGGCCGACACCGGAACCAACCGGAUCGAGGUGGCGCGCCUGGACGGGCAGUACCGCCAGGUUCUGGUGUGCAAGGACCUGGACAACCCCCGCUCUCUCGCCCUGGACCCUGCCAAGGGCUACAUGUACUGGACGGAGUGGGGGGGGAAGCCGCGGAUCGCGCGCGCCCACAUGGACGGCAGCAACAUGGUGACCCUGGUGGAGAAGGUGGGCCGCGCCAACGGCCUCACCAUCGACUACAUCGACCAGCGGCUCUACUGGACCGACCUGGACACCUGCAUGAUCGAGUCCUCCAACAUGCUGGGACUGCAGAGGGAGACCAUAGCGGACGACCUCCCGCACCCCUUCGGGCUGACGCAGUACCGCGACUACAUCUACUGGACGGACUGGAACCUGCGCAGCAUCGAGCGCGCGGACAAGCGCACGGGCCAGAACCGCACGGUGAUCCAGGGCCACCUGGACUACGUGAUGGACAUCCUGGUGUUCCACUCCUCGCGCCAGGAGGGCUGGAACGACUGCUCCCAGGGCAACGGGCAGUGCCAGCACCUGUGCCUGGCCUCGCCCGACGGCCCGCGCUGCCGCUGCGCCUCCCACUACACGCUGGACGCCAACGGCAGGAACUGCAGCUCUCCCUCCAGUUUCCUCCUGUUCAGUCAGAAGGGCUCGAUCAGCCGCAUGGUGCUGGGGGAGCAGAGCCCGGACAUCAUCCUGCCCAUCCACGUGCAGCGGAACGUGCGGGCCGUGACCUAUGACCCCGUGGAGCGGCUGGUGUACUGGGUGGACGGGAAGCAGAACAUCCGGAGGGCGCGGGACGACGGCUCGCAGUCCUCUGUGGUGGUCUCCACCGCCCCGGGCCACCAGCAGAGCCUCGACAGGCAGCCGCACGACCUGAGCCUGGACCCCUACAGCCGCACGGUGUUCUGGACCUGCGAGGCGACCAACACCAUCAACCUGCACCGCCUGGACUCGCACUCCGUGGGCGUGGUGCUGCGCGACGACCACGACAAGCCGCGCGCCAUCGUGGUCAACGCCGAGAGAGGGUACAUGUACUUCACCACGGUGCAGGAGCGCUCGGCCAAAAUCGAGGGGGCGUCCCUGGACGGGACGGAGCGCGAGUCGCUCUUCACCACCGGCCUGAUCCGGCCCGUCGCCCUGGCGCUGGACAACAAGCUGGGCAAGCUGUUCUGGGUGGACGCCGACCUGAAGCGCAUCGAGGGCAGCGACCUCUCCGGAGCCAAUCGGAUCACGCUGCAGGACUCGAACAUCCUGCAGCCCAUGGGGCUGACGGUGCUGGGGGAGCACCUGUACUGGAUCGACCGGCAGCAGCAGAUGAUCGAGCGCGUGGACAAGACGACGGGCGAGCGGCGAACGCGCAUCCAGGGCCGCAUCGUCCACCUGACCAGCAUCCACGCCGUGGAGGACCUGGACCCCGAAGAACUGGCAUCACAUCCCUGUUCUCGUGACAACGGAGGCUGCUCUCACAUCUGCAUCGCCAAGGGCGACGGGACGCCGCGUUGCUCCUGCCCCAUGCACCUGGUCCUGCUGCAGAACCUGCUCACCUGUGGAGAGCCGCCCACCUGUUCCACGGAGCAGUACACCUGCGCUACGGGCGACAUCGACUGCAUCCCCAUGGCCUGGCGCUGCGACGGCUUCGCGGAGUGCGACGACAACAGCGACGAGGAGAACUGCCCCGUCUGCUCCGCCCUGCAGUUCCAGUGCGACAAGGGCCAGUGCAUCGAUGCGCAGCUGCGCUGCAACGGCGAGCUGGACUGCGCAGACAGCUCCGACGAGCAAGACUGCGACACCAUCUGCCUGCCUAACCAGUUCCGCUGUGGGAACAGCCAGUGCAUCCUGAAGAAGCAGCAGUGCGACUCGUACAGUGACUGCGCAGACAACUCGGACGAGGUCUUCUGCGAGUUCCUCAUCCCCUCCUCCAACGACCCGGGCCACACCAGCACCAUCGGGCCGGUCAUCGGGAUCAUCCUGUCCGUUUUCGUGAUGGGCGGGAUGUACUUUCUGUGCCAGCGGGUGGUCUGCCGCCGCUACAAGGGCCCGAGCGGCGCCUUCCCCCACGAGUACAUCAGCGGCACCCCCCACGUGCCCCUCAACUUCAUCGCCCCGGGCAGCUCCCAGCACGGAACCUUCACAGGUAUCUCCUGUGGGAAGUCCAUGAUGAGCUCUAUGAGCCUGAUGGGCAGCAGCAGCAGCGGAGCGCCGCUUUACGACCGGAAUCAUGUGACCGGCGCCUCGUCCAGCAGCUCCUCCAGCACCAAGGGAGCCUUCUACCCCCAGAUGCUGAACCCGCCCCCGUCUCCGGCCACCGACCGCUCGCUGUACAACGGAGAGAUCUUCUACUCCUCCAACAGUCCGUCUACCACCAGGUCCUACAGGCCUUACCUGAUGCGUGGCGUGGCCCCGCCCACCACGCCCUGCAGCACGGACGUGUGCGACAGCGACUACACCACCAGCCGGUGGAAGAGCAACAAGUACUACAUGGACCUCAACUCCGACUCGGACCCGUACCCGCCCCCCCCCACCCCGCGCAGCCAGUACCUGUCUGCGGAGGAGAGCUGCCCCCCCUCCCCGUCCACGGAGCGCAGCUACUUCCACCUCUGCCCACCCCCGCCCUCACCAUGCACUGACUCCUCGUGACACCCCCCCACCACACCCCCACCCCCCCCGUCCGUGAAUGGAAAAAAAAAAGAGAAAAGAACCGCCUUGCCUGUAAAUACUUUUAAUUAUGAACAAAUAAGAUAAUUCUAUUUUAUUAAUUUCCACUAAUUGUCAUCGGCCUUUCUGUGGGUGGGACGGUAGGAAAGGAGGAAGAGAGGGAGGGAGAGAGGUAAAGAGAGGGAGAGGAGGAGGGAGAGAGGGAGAAAGGGAGGGACUUCUGGGUAUGGAAGGAGUGUGAGCGUGCGAUGCAGAUCACCAGGCCGUGUGAAAUCUGUGUACAGCUGAAAUGUAUUUAUAACGUGAAUCUUUUUUUUUAUUUUAUUUUUUUAAAGCCCUCCUUCGGUCGGGCUUGUUUUUAAUUUUACCCACGAACCUCGCACCCCUCGACACAAACGGAAGAGACCUCUAACUUAGAGACAGAGCACAGAGCUUUAAGGUAAUAAGGAUGCUAGCUGGCUACCGCAGUCCUAGGAGCUGCUAGUCUGAGAAAAUGCUCAGUUUCAGAAACCCCCCCCCCUCCUCUGCAACGAUGACAUAACUCAACCAGCUCGCUCUGCAGAUGCCAAAAUCAUUUCAAACUUCAAAAUUAUGUAAAUAUGUAUCAUUUGUUUUGAUUACUGCCGUGAUCUUUAUUUUUUUCUCUGUGAAUUAUGAAAGUCCCUAAAGCAUUUGUUUUUUGUUUUUAAUUUUUUGUUAAGUUUUUACCAAAAGUGUGAUUGCUGCUAUUGUACAUAUGUUUUUUUUUUUUGUUGUUGUUCAGACUUGUGUCCCAUCACAUAAGAUUCCAAUCCAGAUGUAUAACGAAUCAUACAAAAUGUUUUCUUUUCAAUUGUAAUAAGUUAUUAAUCCUUCAUAGCAAUUGUUAUUUUGAUUUUUGUGUAGAACAAGUAUAUAUGAAUAUGCGUGUAUUUUGUGAGAAAAAAAGAAGGUGCAUUUCUGAAGAAGAGCACGCGGAGGAACAGUCUAGAAAGCUGCGUAUGUGACGCCAGACGCCGUGGCAGGAAGUGUGCAUGGUCUCUCUGCUUAAGGGGGCAUCUUUCAGUCAUGUGACAUUAGGCCCCUAGCACAGAUGCUAAACGAGCAGCCUGCUCUCAUCGCUGGAAGGUUCUGGAAGAGCGAUGUUCACGCGUGUCCCUGGAGAGCCAGCGGGCUGUGGCUGUGAUUGGGUGCUGCUUUCACCUGUCAGCCAAUCAGCUGCCAGGUGAGGGGAGGGUGGGAGGGGAGCGCCUGUGUUAUCAGUCCUGCCUAUCAGCUGCUUACAUUGAUCAGUGGAAGUGUUCGGAUGAAGCCCUGCGAACCUCGCUGUUCUCCGGGGGUCGGAGAGGAUUCCGGCGUUCCCCAGGGGUCAGAGAACCGAUACCGCCAUCCAGGGGUCAGAGAACCGAUACCGCCAUCCAGGGGUCAGAGAACCGAUACCGCCAUCCAGGGGUCAGAGAACCGAUACCGCCAUCCAGGGGUCAGAGAACCGAUACCGCCAUCCAGGGGUCAGAGAACCGAUACCGCCAUCCAGGGGUCAGAGAGAAGAUUUCGGCGUUCCCGGGGGGGGGGGUCGUAGCGGAUACCGCCAUUUCAGCGGUCGGGGCGGAUAUCGGGGUCCGUGUUGCCGUGGCUGCUCCCGGAAUUUGGAAGGCCAGACAGAGGCUGUGAAGUCUGUGAAGAGGUGCCACUUUGACUCUGUUGUGACUCCGCUGUGACUCCCCUGUGACUCCGCUGCGACUUGCUUGCCAGAGCGGCUGUCGCUGACCCCUCCGUGCGAUGCGUUUGAACCCUGGCUGUGGUUUCGGUGGCCUGCGAGAGAAGGAAGCUGGUUCUAGGUUCUAAGAACUCUCAGAAACCCCCGGCAACUUGUCUGUUUCCUGAUUUUCUGAAUGAGGGACGCGUUCCACGUAAAUGUCCUCUGUACAGAUAAGCUACAACUAGACCACUGUGUAUGAAAUGUCCUCGUAUAUACACAUACAGGCAUGCAAUCACACACUUGCAUGUACACGCACACACACACAGUCACACACAGGUUUAGUACUGGCCAAUAGCAUGAGCAAGCUGAUUCUCCCAAAUUAGCUUGUUCUUUUGGAGAUUAAAUUUCUCAUCCAAGGACCCAAAAUUACUUAAUAUUUCUGCAUCAAGAAUCAGGUGUUUUUUUUUUUUUGCUGGAAGAGCCCAGUGAGUUUUUCCACUUCCUUGCCCCUGUGAGUUCCCUCCAAAACGCUCCUGUGCACCCUGCAUUCCCUCUCUGGGACACACACGUGUGCCUGUCUAUGACUCUUAAUGCUCAAGCCUGCUAGAGGAACGUAGUUGGUGGCUUUGUGCACCCCUGUGGUAUUUUCCAAAAAAAAAAAAAAAAAAAAAAAAGCACUUAUUUGUGAAACGUACUAAGCUCUGAUGCACAGGGCUCGCCAAAAACAGACUACAAAGUGGCAGGGAAGGCCGUUCGAACACACACACACACACACACACAACACACACUAAUGACAACACACACUUAAUUCGCACCGUUUCCUUUCCACACCCAGGCUUGGACCCGCACGCGGUGGAUAAUUUAUCCUGGUUCUUCAACCAGAGAGACGGCCAUUAAGACCCUGCUGCUCACUAACUAACGAGAGUAGCAGUGGAGUGGGUCGGUCUGGAGACAGAAAAAAAAAAAACAAUGACUGAAAGGUUGUUUAUUGGUGUCAAGAUGCUCAACUAUAAAGGCAGGGAGUAGUGAUGUCCGCAGCACCGGUGCUUUGAUCAGGGAAAACGAGGAGAUGAGCUUCCCGGCCGUCCUUUCUGUGGUAUUCGCUUAAUAGUUAAAACGCUGAUUGAUAGUGAUAAUGACCAUAAUGAGACUAAUUUGUGUGUAACCAUGGCGACGAUGUUAAGAAUUGUCAAGAUCCCCCCGAUGCAUUUUCCCUGCUUCUGUCCACCCGCUAUGACUCAGCCCAGGCUGAUCCUAUGGGGGGGGUGUGGCUAACUGGGUACAGUGGCCACCAGCCACUGGUAAUGUGUCUGGGUUCAAGCCACGCCCCUUUUGGGAGGGGCCCUGUGUUGCCACGCCCAUGGGAGGGGCCCCGGUGUGGCCACGCCCAUGGGAGGGGCCCCAGCGUAGCCUUGCUCCACUGGAGGCACCAGCUGCAGAAUGGCACUUUUACCCAAAAUGCGCGGUCUGUGCCUUGUGUCUCGUGUACAAAAUGCCUUGUAAAAUCUACCCUUUGUGAUAAUUUUUGUAUUAAAGCAAUUUUUAUAUAAUAAAGGUUCUAUUUUAAGGAA